AUGGCUCUCCUCUUGGGCCCAAUAUUCUUCGCAUUGUCUCGGUCUAACGUUACCAGAGACGAGAAUCUCAGCAAACAAUCCAUGGCCUUUAUCAACCUUUACACCCUUGGGGUUCAUCUGAAAGUCGCCCAGACGCAGCUUCCAGUUUCUCUCAGUCUCCAGAUUUUUGUUGCUUUUCUUUGGGUGUAUGUGAUAAUCGUGUUGGAAGCGUACAGUGCAAAACUAGUGUCUUUCCUUACUGUGGAAAGAAUUCCAGAAGGCAUCAACACAAUUGAAGAUCUCUACCAUGCCUCCAUUCCGAUCUAUGGCAAUACUCGUUGGUAUUAUGACAGUUUUGCUCUCGCAAAAAAUGAAUAUAUAAAAAAACUGACUGAAAGAUACAGCAUACUGCGAGAUUUUGAGGACUCUUAUAUCCAUCUCAUGACAGGGCAGGCCGCAUACAUUGCCUCAGCAAACAAUCUCAUGUAUACGAUAUCUCUUUAUGCCAAGAAUGGUAAUCCAACCCUAAGACUGCUGAAGGUCGUAACUGGCCACACAUGGGCUACUUCUUCCACAAACCUCUACUCCCUCACUCUGGUAACAGGGCUUUAG